GCCAGGAUGACUGACGCGGACAUCGCCCACUUCUACAAUUUACCAUCGGCAUAUCCAGACGAAUGGCCGGCAGAGCUGGACGACGAGGAUGAGGAGGAGGGAGAGGCUCUUCAGCGGCGCGGUUCGAAGUCCAGCUAUCAUGUGCUCGAUCGGAGCAACAGUCGGAGGGGUCCUAAUCUUGGAUCAAUGAAGGGGAAUAAUAGCCGGGAAAAUCUGGUCAAGGUUGACGAGCCUGAUCCUUUGGGCUCUACUAGCAGCGUUCUCAACGCUCUCAAGAAACGCGGGUUACCUGUUGCUGAAGACAGCCGGCUACGAAAUCGCUUCCUCCUAUCCUCCACGGGCUUCUCUCCCGCUCUGUUCCUUUCCCAGGUUCAUUCCGACGCAUCCAUUGAAUCUCUUAUUAAUGGCCUCAAUGUCCUCUCGCAGUCAAUUGACCAGAAAUCCGCCUCGCUGAAGGUCCUUGUUGAAGCCAAUUUCGAGAGAUUCGUCCGCGCUAAGGCGACAAUUGACAGUGUAUACACAGAGAUGAGGAAUCAAGGAAGGGAGCAGGAACAAGUGGCUCAGCGCAGGUCGAUUGGUCAUGUCCGAAGCAUUUCCGGGGCGAAACAAGGCCCACUCUCGUCCAUCAAUUCUUCGAAAUUCAGGAAGAACGCGUUGUUGAAGGAGAGCGACUAUGGCGUGAAGGGCAUCUGGGCGCCUUUGACAGAAGCCUCCGUCAAGGCGGAAGAAGUCUGGGGCCCGGCAUUGAGUGGCCGUGAGAGGGAACAAAUGCUGAAGUCAGUUAUUGAUAGUAUGGAAAGGCGUCGAGAGGUGUACGAGAUUGGCGGGCAUCUCUCAAAGUCGAUCAAACAAAAAGACUAUGAAUCUGUCUUCGAACAAUAUAGAAAGGCGAGAGCGCUUACCCAAGAAGCUAAGAAUAUCGCCGACAUCGCGGGAAGUGAGGGCCGGCCAUUGACGGACGAAGAAACUUAUGUCAUUUUAGCUUUGGGCAGGAUGUGGAUUGAUGUGGAUCAGCAGAUUCAAGGCUUCAAACGUGAUCUUUGGAGGCGUCUCAGCGAGGCUCCGAGCACGUCAACGAGGAUAACAACAUCUGGACCCAUCGAGGAAUAUAUGGAGUUGAUCGGCGCUUUGUUGGAAUUAGGCGUGGACGACAACCCUAUUUGGGUCUGGCUUCUCAGCCGUUACGAUUACCUACGCGCGAAGAUCAAAGCCUUCUGUGAGCGUGGCAAGGUCGAGAUAGAGAUCCUGAGACGCCGCCUCGCGAGCGGUGCCGAGCCGACGCCUCAGGAAGUAGCUUCAUAUUUGCGACGAACACCCCAGGACAGCUCAACCGGCCCCGCACAUCUACCAGACACGGAUCAAGUGAUAGAGCUGUGGGAAUGCGUCCACACAUAUCUGAAUCGAUUGUUGUCGUCCCAGGGAGGCAUCCUCGGGGAGAUUUUAGAUUUCUGGGAAGUGGCCCAGUCCUUCAUCGAUGGAAAUAAGCAAAAGCUUUUGCCGGUUGGGUUUGAGGGUGAGAGCCGAAAGCACCAUAAAUUCUCUUCAAGCGAUGUCAGAGAUCUACAGAAAGGACUUAUUGAGCUGAUUAGCCUGGUUCGAGAGGGUGUUCUAUCUCUUUUCGCCGAAGCACCAGUGGAAGAUGUGUCUCUUCUCACUUCUCCAAUAUCACCAUCGAGUCCUAGUAGUCCGGUAAGCUUGGGAGUGACUCCGACUGAGUCCCGCUUCAAACUCGACCCCAAGAAUAUACCAUUUCCCACGCCAAAGCGCGGCGAACCAUGGGAAGACUACGCAUUCUGGCCCCCUUUUUCCAAUUCCCUCAGCGGAGUCAACUAUCUUGGUCAAUUUCUUAUUAUAAUAGGCGCAGCGGCCGGGGAGAUGACGACCCUCGAACCGGUCUCCAGCAGCAGUACCUCCCAGGAACUGCUCCGAGGGCUUGUAAGUAUCAUACGUGAACGCGCAGUGCGCAUCUCCUGUUCUGCGUGGGCGAAGGAUGCAGAAGUCUGUAGGCUGCUGGAAGAUUGGACCCGGGACCCGAAACGAAGGGACUUGACCAAGAUGCCGGCACUCUUUGUCAAUUUCCAGAAUGCGAUAGUCAGCGGAUUACAGAAGAUCCUUUACAUGUCCGAGGCAAUGGCGAAACCAGGCACUGUAACCGUUGUCACACAGCCACCCACCAAACUACUGCAAAUGGUGCGUCGAGAGUUCAUAUCGAGUAUAGAGAAGGCUCUGGGAGGUCUUGUCGAGACUGCGGAGCAUCCGACAACUCGUGAAGAGAACGAUGAAUGGUCUGUCUCGGAGGCCACGGCAGUAGUUAGGAACAGCAAUGGAUCUUCAGCUUCCCUUGCUGCAGACGCUGUGGAUUCCCAAAACAGGAACGUCCGAAUUCUCCUCACACUGUCAAACAUCAAAGCCUUCCAAAUGGACCUAGUUCCCCAACUUAUCGCCAACUUCGAAGCCUCGUUCUCAGUAACGUUAACCGACGAAGCCAAGCUCAUCAGGCAAGUUCUCGACGAGGUCGAGCAGCGGCUAUUCCGAUCAUACACGGAACCAACAAUCACCAACCUAAAGACCAUAAUCACCGAAGGCGUCACAUCGCCAACCUGGGAACCUACAACAUCCCGCCCCGAACAAGUCCGGCCAUACGUGUACAACGCAUUGCUCGCUCUCGUCCUCGUUCACACCGAAAUCUCAACAACCAUCCCCUCAACAUCAUCUUCCACUUCAAGCCGGUCUGCCGCUUCAUCAGCUUCCGGCCAAUCGCCCCUCCUCACAAUCGUCCUAACACAUCUCUUGACACAAGUUUGCACUGCCCUUGUGAACGCCUUCAACCUACGGGCUUCGUAUUCCCUUAACGCGUUGAUCCAAGCUACUCUCGACACUGAGUUCAUCGCGCAGACGAUGUCUCAGUAUUCGUCCGAGGAAGCCUCGGCUGUUCAGAGCCAGAUUUAUGUGGAGUUGGAUCAGAGGACUACACAUGAGGCAAGGGCGCGUCUCCAGUCUGAGUUAGGUGAAAUGAGGGGUAUCCUGAAGCGUCUGAGAGAACGGACGAAGGGUGAGUUUGCCUGCUUUAGGAAGCCCAGAAGUGGAACUUCGCAGAAAAGCGGCGCCGCGUAAGUCUU